UCGUCAUGCAUCACCACGUAUAAGAAGAUGCCUCCGCCGGUGCCGCCGCGCACCACCCCGCCCAAGCCCUUUAUUUCCAUCACGGCCCAGAGCAGCACCGAGUCGGCCCAGGAUGCCUACAUGGACGGGGGGUCAGGCCCCCGGACCCACAUCAGCACCUCCCAGCCCGGCCUGUCCAACUCCACAGAGAGCAUCGACAGUAUGAAGGUAUAUCAUAUAAUAAAGUAUAUUGUAUAUUAUGAAAAUAUUAUAAAACGUAACGGUAUAGCAAUAAUCUGAUUUUAUCAGUGUCAUUUUGUGUUUAUGAAAUGUGUGUUUUUGUCAACAACAAAAAAAUAUAUAUAUACAUGUAUAUAUAUAUUUUUUUACUAUAUUUGAUUGUUAUAUUUUAUUAUUAUUAUUAUAAUAAAGGCCCUGAUGGCAGCUAUCGAGGCAGCUAACGCCCAGGUCCACGGCCCAGCCAGCCAGCAUGUCACGAACAGCACCAUCACUGCCACCACCACUGCCUCCAGCGACAGCAAGAGAGACGCGCUCCGGAAGUGCCUCUCCAUAGGGAUACAGGUCAAAGAACAGAUACAGAUAUGCCUACAACCGUAUUGACCAAACAAUGACCACAUGCUGACCACACACUGACCUGUGGUCUGUUCUUAAUGGACGUAUCUCGGUUAACCCAGAACUAAAUUAUUGCGUAAUUUGGUCAGAUUCUACCAUUUAUGUUUACAUAGUCUGUCCAGGAGAGAUUAUUAACUGACUUACCUGUAUAAAUAAAGUUGAAAUAAAAAUAAUAAUCUGUGUGCUGUUGCAGGUGGAUGGACCAGAGGAGGUUGGGGGGACGGAGGAGCACUCCAAGUUCCAGUCAGUGGGCAUCCAGGUGGAAGAGGAGAGAUGGUGAGUAGCGAGAGAGAAAGCAAGAGAGGGAGCGUGUGAACUAUUUUCUGUCAUUCGUGUUAGUGUUUUUCUUGUAUCCUGUUGCAGUCUGCUGGUGUCUCUGCUAACUGACUGUCCACUCAUUGUGCAUUCAGUUGGCACCUCUCUCUGACACUCCCCCUCAGGCCUGAGAGCUGUAUGUAUAUAACUGUGUGCCUUGGGGUUCGGCAUAGUGACUGUAGGCUGCCGGGUCCCCCAUCCCACCCACACCUCACCCCACAACAGCUGUCCCCAGCUCUGAGGAGUUUGGGCAUCAGAACCCCUUGACUAGGGGGCCCAUGCAUGCAGUGACAGAUGGGGGAGUGGAGGAUGUGUUGGAGAGAGGGGAUAGGGAGGGGGUGGGGGCAGUUAGUUGACAGCCAUCUGUUGCACCAGUCAUUGUGAUGUGGCCAGGCCACACAGGACAGUUUUAUGUCAAUGUCCUGUUCUUUUCAGUACAUGGUCAUGUACAAUCCCCCUCAAGCCCAACUCCCCCUUUGCCUGCCCUACACGUAACAGUUCCUAUAGGUCCCCUAUCUCCCCCUAAGCCCUUAUACUAAAGCCUGUAUAGCAUGCCAAUUUACCACCUCAUUGGACAACUGCCCUGGUCCCUGACUGACUUAUACAAGGAGCAUUUGCACAGGCGGGAAGUCAGGGAACGUUCCUGGUUCCUGGAGUGUUAAAAUAUGUCACGCAGCAGGAAGUUAUGUGUCAGUGUGUCUGCCUGCGUAACUCCCAUCCACUUAGCACAGUAACCCCUCUGUUAGUCAGAGCUGAGGGGAGAUGACCAAUUUAGAGACUGCACUAGACCCAGUAAUCUGAUUUCAUACUGUACACAGAACAUGGUUAGGAAUCAAAGAGCACAGUCUCAACCUACCAAGGUCAUGUCCAGGACUGCAGUUUCAGAGUCAGAUGCAGAAAUCUUGUCUGUGUACCAAAUGGCACCCUAUCACCUAUAGUGCACUGCAUUUGACCAGAGCCCUAUGGCUGGGCCUAUUUGCCCUGGUCAAAAAUAGUGCAAUACAUAGAGAAUAGUGUGCCAUUUGGGACAAAGUAAUCUGGAGUUUUUCCUCAAAGAGCUUUCCACAGAUGACUAGCCAAGCAUUGAAAAGGAGGCACAUCUCCAAGCAGCCAAGGCAAACAUUAACUCCUGUAGACACUUCUGCUAGUCCAGUGGCUCUGGGGUUUAAUGUCACACAUGUGCCUUCCCUUGGUACAUGUUUGAUUUUGUGUGUGUGUGUGUGUGUGUGUGUGUGUGUGUGUGUGUGUGUGUGUGUGUGUGUGUGUGUGUGUGUGUGUGUGUGUGUGUGUGUGUGUGUGUGUGUGUGUGUGGUGUGUGUGUGUGUGUGUGUGUGUGUGUGUGUGGUGUGUGUGUGUGUGUGUGUGUGUGUGUGUGUGUGUGUGUGUGUGUGUGUGUGUCCCAGCAGGGCCGUCCUGGGAGGUCAUGGUCUGGGCAGAGUGCCCCUAUACAUUCCCAGACAGUGAGAGUGCAUCUCUUCUGUGGCCCUACCCCACUCACAGUAAAUAUGUGUGUGUGUGUGUGAGUGUGGGGGGUCAUAACCUCACCUCAGUGUUUGAACUAGGCUUAAGCCUGCCAAACUGAGAGGUAGUGGAGGAGAGCAGUAAAAGAGAGGAACACUACAAACAACCUGGCUGCCUUUUCAAGACAUCUGUCAGCUGUCUGCUCAGACAACUUAAUGUUGUCUAAUGUAGGUUAUUAUCAAUAAUAUCACACUAUGAUUAUUAUAUCAUUAACAUAUAUGCUACUGUAUGAACUGAAAUGUGUCCUUAAAAAUAAUUCUGGAAUAACAUAAUUGUAUGAGUUUAGACAAUGUUCAGAGCCCUAAACUGUACAAGUGUACCAAGUUUCAUGCUUUUAUGAAAAAGUGAAUGAUUUUUUUACAUAUCGCCUGGAAUACAACCAGUGGUGGAAAAAGUACCCAGUUGUCACCCAGUAAAAUACUACUUGAAUAAAAAUCUAAAUUUGGUUUUAAAUAUGCAUAAGUAUCAAAAGUAGAUGUAAGUGCUAAAAUAUACUUAAUUAUCAAAGGUAAAAGUAAAAGUAUGAAUAAUUUCAGAUUCCUUAUAAAAAAGCAAACUAGACGACACAAUGUUCUCCUUUUUUUUCUUUUUUUUGGAUAGCCAGGGGCACACUCCAACAUUCAGACAUAAUUUACAAACGAAGCAUGUGUGUUUAGUGAGUCCGCCAGAUCAGAGGCAGUAGGGAUGACCAGGGAUGUUCUCUUGAUAAGUGUGUGAAUUGGACCAUUUUCCUGUCCUGCUAAGCAUUCAAAAUGUAACGAGUACUUUUGGGUGUCAGGGAAAAUGUAUGGAGUAGAAAGUACAGUGUAUUCGGAAAGUAUUCAGACCCCUUCCCUUUUUCUACAUUUCCACGUUACAGCCUUAUUCUAAAAUUAAUUAAAUUAAAUGUUUUCCUCAUCAAUCUAAACACAAUAGCCCAUAUUGAUCAAUUUUUGCUAAUUUAUUACAAAUAAAAAACUGAAAUAACAUAUUUACAUAAGUAUUUUUGACCCUUUGCUAUGAGACUCGAAAUUGAGCUCAGGUGCAUCCUGUUUCCAUUGAUCAUCCUUUAGAUGUUUCUACAACUUGAUUGGAGUCCACCUGUGGUAAAUUCAAUUGAUUGGACAUGAUUUGGAAAGGCACACACAGUUGACAGUGCAUGUCAGAGCAAAAACCAAAACCAUGAGGUCGAAGGAAUUGACUGUAGAGCUCAGAGACAGGAUUGUGUCGACACAGCACGGCACAGACCUGGGGAAGGGCACAAAAAAAUUAUGCAGCAUUGAAGGUCCCCAAGAACACAGUGGCCUCCAUAAUUCUUAAAUGGAAGAAGUUUGGAACCACCAAAACUCUUCCUAGAGCUGGCUGCCCAGCCAAACUGAGCAAUAGAGGGAGAAGGGCCUUGGUCAGGGAGGUGACAACCAUCUCUGCAGAACUCCACCAUUCAGGCCUUUAUGGUAGAGUGGCCAGACAGAAACCACUCUUCAGUAAAAGGCACAUGACAGCCCGCUUGGAGUUGGCCAAAAGGCACCUAAAGGACUCUCAGACCAUGAGAAACAAGAUUCUCUGGUCUGAUGAAACCAAGAUUGAACUCUUUGGCCUGAAUGCCAAGCGUCACAUCUGGAGGAAACCUGGCACCAUCCCUACGGUGAAGCCUGGUGGUGGCAGCAUCAUGCUGUAGGGAUGUUUUUCAGUGGCAGGGACUGGGAGACAAGUCAGGAUUGAGGGAAAGAUGAACGGAGCAACGUACAGAGAGAUCCUUGCUCCAGAGCACUCAGGACCUUAGACUAGGGCGAAGGUUCACCUUCCAACAGGACAACGAUCCUAAGCACACAGCCAAUACAACGCAGGAGUGGCUUCGGGACAAGUCUCUGAAUAUCCUUGAGUGGCCCAGCCAGAGCCCAGACUUGAACCCAAUCGAACAUCUCUGGAGAGACCUAAAAAUAGCUGUGCAGCGACACUCCCCAUCCAACCUGACAGAGCUUGAGAGGAUCUGCAACGAAGAAUGGGAGAAACUCCCCAUAUACAGGUGUGCCAAGCUUGUAGCGUUAUACCCAAGAAGACUCGAGGCUGUAAAUGCUGCCAAAGGUGCUUCAACAAAGUACUGAUUACUUAUGUAAAUGUAAUAUUUCCGUUUUUAUUUUGUAAUACAUUUGCAAAAAUUAUAAAACCUGUUUUUGCUUUGUCAUUAUGGGGUAUUGUGUGUAGAUUGAUGAAGAUUUGUAUUUAUUUAAUACAUUUUAGAAUAAGGCUGUAAUGUAACAAAAUGUGGAAAAAGUCAAGGGGUCUGAAUACUUUCCGAAUGCACCGUACAUUAUUUUCUUUAGGAAUGUAGUGGAGUAAAAAUAAAAGUUGUCAAAAAUAUAAAUAGUAAAGUACAGAUACCCUUAAAAACGUCUUAAGUAGUACUUUAAAGUAUUUUGACUUAAGUACUUUACACCGCUGAAUACAACUCUACCAAUUUCAAUCUAACUUACAAAUCCUCAUUCUAACAGCAACUACUCUACAAAGAUGUUCCUACUUAUGUCAUGACCCCAUACAUUCCAUAUGGUCAACUUAUGGCGGCAAAUGGGGUAGGUGAAGGUUGGAUUUUUUCUACACAGCUGGCUUUCCAGUCACUGGUACCAUGGAAUGUGUGUGUGUGUAUGGUCUAUAGUGGUCCUAGUGAUCAAACCAUACGGUCCUCAACCUACAUUGACCGCCUUGAAAAGUCAGUCAGAGACGGUCAGACCUUCUACUGCUUUAUGGUCCUGUUUAAGAGGACAAAGGGAAAUGGUCUGCAGCCCUAAUGGCACCCUAUUCCAGGGAAGUCAGGAACCAAUGUACACAAUCAGUUAGGAAAGCAAAGGCUAGCUUUUUCAAACAGAAAUUUGCAUCCUGUAGCACUAACUCCAAAAAGUUUUGGGACACUGUAAAGUCCAUGGAGAAUAAGAGCACCUCCUCCCAACUGCCCACUGCACUGAGGCUAGGAAACACUGUCACCACCGAUAAAUCUACAAUAAUCUAGAAUUUCAACAAGCAUUUUGCUACGGCUGGCCAUGCUUUCCACCUGGCUACCACUACCCCGGCCACCAGCUCUGCACCCUCCGCUGCAACUUGCCCACGCUGCUUGCACCCGCCCACCUGACUAGAAUCACUACUCUCGGCGGGUCUGACCUAGAGUAUGUGGACAACUACAAAUACCUAGGUGUCUGGUUAGACUGUAAACUCUCCUUCCAGACUCGCAUUAAGCAUCUCAAAUCAAAAGUUAGAUCUAGAAUCGGCUUCCUAUUUCGCAACAAAGCCUCCUUCACUCAUGCUGCCAAACAUGCCCUCGUAAAACUGACUAUCCUAACGAUCCUUGACUUCGGCGAUGUCAUUUACAAAAUAGCCUCCAACACUCUACUCAGCAAAUUGGAUGUAGUCUAUCACAGUGCCAUCCGUUUUGUCACCAAAGCCCCAUAUACUACCCACCAUUGUGACCUGUACGCUCUUGUUGGCUGGCCCUCACUACAUAUUCGUCGCCAAACCCACUGGCUCCAGGUCAUCUUUAAAUCACUGCUAGGCAAAUCCCCGUCUUAUCUUAGCUCACUGGUCACCAUAGCAACACCCACCUGUAGUCUGCGCUCCAGCAGGUAUAUCUCACUGGUCAUCCCCAAAGCCAACACCUCCUUUGGCCGCCAUUCCUUCCAGUUCUCUGCUGCCAAUGACUGGAACGAACUGCAAAAAUCUCUGAAGCUGGAGACUCUUAUCUCCCUCACUAACUUUAAGCAUCAGUUGUCAGAGCAGCUUACCGAUCACUGCACCUGUACUCAGCCAUUCUGAAAUUAGCCCACCCAAUUACCUCAUCCCCAUAUUGUUAUUUAUUUUGCACCCCAGUAUCUCUAUUUGCACAUCAUCUUUUGCACAUCUAUCAUUCCAGUGUUAAUACGAAAUUGUAACUUUUUUGCACUAUGGCCUAUUUAUUGCCUUCCCUCCAUAACUUACUACAUUCGCACACACUGUAUAUAUAUAUUUUCUGUUGUAUUUUUGACUUUAUGUUUUGUUUACCCCAUAUGUAACUCUGUGUUGUUGUUUUUAUCGCACUGCUUUGCUUUAUCUUGGCCAGGUCGCAGUUGUAAAUGAGAACUUGUUCUCAACUGGCUUACCUGGUUAAAUAAAGGUGAAAUAAAAAUAAAAAAAUCCCUAUGUAGUGCACUACUUUUGACCAGGGCCCAUAGAUCUCUGUUCAAAAGGCUCUGGUCAAAAGUAGUGCACUAUAAAGGGUGCCUUUUGGGAUACACCCAUGACAUGCAGAAUCCAUUAAUAUGCCUGGGACUCCUAGUGAUCCCUCCUACUGAUGCGUUUCAGCUAUUAGUGCUUAGAGUUUUACGUUUUGACCCCAAACUGGGAUUGGGCUUAUCCGGAAUUAGCCUGAACAAACUAGGAGCUAAGAGAAGAAAACAAUAUAAUACAAUACACAAGUUCCACUGUAGCCACAAUCCAGACUGACAGUCAUCCAGUCUUGAAGCAGCUUUUCACCCAGUUGGAGAGCGGAGCAGAACAGAACAGAACAGAGCAGAGUAGGGCAGAGUAGAGCAGAACAGGGCAGAGCAGAGUAGAACAGAGUAGAGCAGUACAGAGCAGAGUAGAGUAGAACAGAACAAAACAACAGAGCAGAGCAGAACAGAGUAGAGUAGAGCAGAACAAAACAGAGCAGAGCAGAGCAGAACAGAGUAGAGCAGAACAGAGCAGAGUAGAGCAGAACAAAACAGAGCAGAGCAGAACAGAGUAGAGCAGAACAGAGCAGAGUAGAGCAGAACAAAACAGAGCAGAACAGAGCAGAGUAGAGCAGAACAGAGUAGAGCAGAACAGAACAUAGCAGAGCAGAACAGAGUAGAGCAGAACAGAGUAGAGCAGAACAGAGUAGAGCAGAACAGAACAGAGUAGAGCAGAACAGAGUAGAGCAGGCUUCCCUUAGCCACUGAAGUGAUUUGCAAGGCCCUGUGAAGGACUCCACCUGACUGCACUGUAACAAGAACCUGUGUUGCUUUUGUCUUUUAUCUUCUCUCUCUCACUCCCUACUGCCGCCCUCUCUUUUCCUACACCACCCCCCCCCCCCUUCCUUCUCUCCCGCCCUCUCUUUCCCUACUCCACCCCCCCUCGCUUCCUUCUCUCCUCUCUCCCGCUCCUCUCUUUCCCUACCUCCACCCCCCCCCCUCCUUCUUCCUUCUCUCCCGCCCCUCUUCUUUCCCUACUCCACCCCCCCCCCGCUUCCUUCUUGUCCCGCCCUCUCUUUCCCUACUCCACCCCCCCCUCUUCCUCCUCUCCCCGCCCUAUCUUUCCCUACCCCCCCCCCCCUCUUCCUUCUCUCCCGCCCUCUCUUUCCCUCCUCACUCCACCCCCCCCGCCCUCGCUUCCUUCUCUCCCGCCCUCUCUUUCCCUACUCCACCCCCCCCCCUCGCUUCCUUCUCUCCCGCCCUCUCUUUCCCUACUCCCCCCCCCGCGUCCUUCUCUCCCCCUCUCUUCCCUACUCCACCCCCCCCCUCGGCUUCCUUCUCUCCCGCCCUCCUCUUUCCCUACUCCACCCCCCUCGUUUUCCUUCUCUCCCCCCCUCAUCUUUCCCUACUCCACCCCCCCCCCUCGUUUUCCUUCUCUCCCGCUCUCUCUUUCUCUAUUUCUAUUUUUUCUCUCUCCGUCCCUGUCACUCCCUCCAUCUCUUUCCCUACUCCACCCCCCCCCCCCCCCUCUCUCUCUCUCUCUCACUCUCUCUCUCUCUCUUUCUCUCUCUGUCUCUCAGAGUCCAGUCUGCUUGUGUUUGGCCUUGCCCCUCUCUGCCCUGACACAGACAGGAAGUUGCUAGGAGGGAGCUGCUAUAAAGCAGGCUGAGAUCAUUAUGACUGCACACCUGCUCAGAGCACAGUUACUCUUUAACUGCCGCGAGCACACACACACGCACUCACACACACACACCACACACACACGCACACAUCCAGGCGCUGGUAAACCUCGACAGUGAGUGUGUUUGAUCUCUCCCGCUCCUCUCCCCUCUUGCUCUCUGUUCAUGGAAGAAGGGAGAUGAAUGGAGCAGAGGAGGUAUAGAUGAAUGGGUAAAGUGGAGGAGGAGGGACUGGCCGGAGAUGGGGUGAGGCAGAUGGAUGGAGCGACUUCAGGGUCUGUGUGUGUGUCACCCUGUGGGCAGGUCAUGUCAGAGAGAGAAGAGAGAGAUAGAGAGAGAGAGAGAGAGAGCGAGAAGAGAGAGAGAAGAGAGAGAGAGAGAGAGAGAGAGAAGAUAGAGAGACUGAGGAGAGAUCUAGAGGAGAGAUGCGAGAGAAGGAGUCUAUAUCGCUAGAUCUAUCGAGUAUUGUAUUGGGGGUGGCAGUUAGGGAAAGAGAUGUUUGGGAGGAAAGAUUUUCUGUCAUUCCCGUUUAGCCGGGCUGUGACGGUCACGGAAUUUCGUCAGCCGGUGAUUGUCAAGCAAAUAACUGCCGGUCUCACGGUAAUUGACCAUUAAUUAACAUAAACACAUUUAGCAUCUCCUGGCUUCCACACAAGCCACUGAUGCAGGCCCUUGGAACAUCUACAUUUAAAAAAGUCUAAUACAGUGCCUUGCAAAAGUAUUCAUCCCCCUUGGCGUUUUUCCUAUUUUGUUGCAUUACAACCUGUAAUUUAAAUGGAUUUUUAUUUGGAUUUCAUAUGGACAUACACAAAAUAGUCCAAAUUGGUGAAGUGAAAUGAAAAAAAUUACUUGUUUCUAAAAAAAUAAAUAAUGGAAAAGUGGUGCAUGCAUAUGUAUUCACCCCCUUUGCUAUGAAGCCCCUAAAUAAGAUAUGGUGCAACCAAUUACCUUCAGAAGUCAAAUCAUUACUUAAAUAAAGUCCACCUGUGUGCAAUCUAAGUGUCACAUGAUCUGUCACAUGAUCUCAGUAUAUAUACACCUGUUCUGAAAGGCCCCAGAGUCUGCAACACCACUAAGCAAAGGGCACCACCAAGCAAGCGGCACCAUGAAGAUCAGGGUUGGGUGAUAAAAAAAUAUCAGAAACUUUGAACAUUCCACAGAGCACCAUUAAAUCAAUUAUUAAAAAAUGGAAAGAAUAUGGCACCACAACAAACCUGCCAAGAGAGGGCCGCCCACCAAAACUCACGGAUCAGGCAAGGAGGGCAUUAAUCAGAGAGGCAACAAGGAGACCAAAGAUAACCCUGAAGGAGCUGCAAAGCUCCACAGCGGAGAUUGGAGUAUCUGUCCAUAGGAACACUUUAAGCCGUACACGCCACAGAGCUGGGCUUUACGGAAGAGUGGCCAGAAAAAAGCCAUUGCUUAAAGACAAAAAUAGGCAAACACGUUUGAUGUUCGCCGAAAUGCAUGUGGGAGACUCCCCAAACAUAUGGAAGAAGGUACUCUGGUCAGAUGAGACUAAAAUUGAGCUUUUUGGCCAUCAAGGAAAAUGCUAUGUCUGGCGCAAACCCAACACCUCUCAUCACCCCGAGAACACCAUCCCCACAGUGAAGCAUGGUGGUGGCAGCAUCAUGCUGUGGGGAUGUUUUUCAUUGGAAGGGACUGGGAAACUGGUCAGAAUUGAAGGAAUGAUGGAUGGCGCAAAUAUAGGGAAAUUCUUGAGGGAAACCUGUUUCAGACUUCCAGAGAUUUGAGACUGGGACAGAGGUUCACCUUCCAGCAGGACAAUGACCCUAAGCAUACUGUUAAAGCAACACUCAAGUGGAUUAAGGGGAAACAUUUAAAUGUCUUGGAAUGGCCUAGUCAAAGCCCAGACCUCAAUCCAAUUAAGAGUCUGUGGUAUGACUUAAAGAUUGCUGUACACCAGCGGAACCCAUCCAACUUGAAGGAGCUGGAGCAGUUUUGCCUUGAAGAAUGGGCAAAACUCCCAGUGGCUAGUUGUGCCAAGCCUAUAGAGACAUACCCCAAGAGACUUGCAGCUGUAACUGCUGCAAAAGGUGUCUCUACAAAGUAUUGACUUUGGGGGGGUGAAUAAUUAUGCACGCUCAAGUUUUGUGUUUUUUUGUCUUAUUUCUUGUUUGUUUCACACAAAAAAAGUAUAUACAUAUAUACAUUAUAUAUAUUGUAGACUAUAGUUUACUGCAGAAUUCUAUAUUAAGUACAGUGUGUGUGUGUGUGUGUGUGAGAGAGAGAGAGAGAGAGAGAGAGAGAGAGAAGAGAGAGAGAGAAGAGAGAGAGAGUGAUAGGGAGAGAGACGAGAGAGAGAGAGAGAGAGAGAGAGGAGAGGAGGAGAGAGAGGAGAAGAGGAGAGAGAGAGAGCGAGAGAGACGAGAGAGAGAGAGAGAGAGGAGAGAGAGAGGAGAGGGAGAGAGAGAGAGAGGGGAGAGAGAGAGAGAGAGAGCGUGAAUGAUUUUCUGUCAUUCAUGUUAGUGUUUAUCUUGUAUCCUGUUGUAGUCUCCUGGUGUCUCUGGUUGCUGGCUGUCCACUCAUUGUGCAUUCAGUUGGCACCUCUCUCUUUAACACUCCCCUUCCUCUGGCCUCUCAUUCAUCACUGUGAUGGAGGUGGGCUGCUGCAUAGAACAAGCCAAGUGGUGUGUGUGUGUGUGUGUGCACGUGCGUGCUUUCGUGUGUGUACAUGUGUGUGCCCGUCUGUGUAUUUUGAAAAGAUGUUAUCUGUGUGCAAGUGUGUGACUUUGUGGCUGUGUGUUGGCACUUUGCUCUGAGACUUGGCAAGAGGAGUCUUACAGGGGCACAAAGCCUCUCGAGCUAAAUCAAAAGCUGCACCCCCAGCUGUACAGCAGGGCCCUGAGGGUGGGUGGGUGUUAUCUGUGAGACUCAGCCCUACAGCAGGGCAGGGUGACUGAUGAGGCCACGCUCCAUCGCCUCUGAAUCAGCCAGGUGACCAAACGCCCCCAUGACACCCCUCCCAAACACCCCACACCUGGCUGAUCUGAUCUAGAAUCUGUGUUGAUAUACUAAGCCUGCAUGUCUUCUAUUAACCCAACAUCCACUAACUCUGAUCUCUAAUCCGUGGUUCUGUGGUUCUCUUUCCAGUUACCGCAGGAUGACCAGGUCCAACAGUGUGACCACGGCGGUCCAAGCCGACCUAGACGACCCUGACUACUGUCCCGUCGAUGCCCCAGAGAUGGUGAUGCGCCACUCAGCCACCAUGCCCCGCCAGCACUCCCGGGAUGCCGCCACCUCCACCGUCUCCAUCCAGGGCUCGGGGAACCACUACCACGCCCUGACCGUGGAGGAAUACGGCGAGGUGGGUUUGGACCCAUCCAUCCUGCCCCCGCCAGACCCCUGGAUGGACCAGGUAGAGGACCCCAUGGAGGUGGUGGGGGGACGGGGGUUGAUGUGUCCCAGGGACGGGAGGUGGUUCCUUAAGCUUCUCCAGGCCGAGAUGGAGCGCAUGGAGGGCUGGUGCCGACAGAUGGAACUGGAUGAGAUGGAUAACGAGCUACCGGAGGAGAGUGAGUGGGACAACACACGUGCACGUACAUACAAAACAAUAUCAACCCAAGAACAUUGAGCUAAAUAUGUGCAAACUGGUGCAAAAGCUAUGCAUUGGGGGGUGUUGAUGAUGUGAAGGUCAUAUAAGUUGUUUUCCCUCUCUUUGUAUCUCUGCGUUUCUCCCUCCUUCCCUCUGUCUGGCUGUGUCCUCCAAAUGCCCAAACAGACUGAAGGAAAUUUUCUGAGUCCCAAAAUGGCACCCUAUUCCCCAGAUAGGGCUCGAUAGGGCUCUGGUCAAAAGUAGUACACUACAUAGGAAAUGUUGUGCCAUUUGAGACACGGCCAUGGCAUUCAUAGCAGCGAGCCACAAUGCCUGCUUGUUGCCUGCUAUCUCCUCUGCAGACAUAGUCAUCAAUAGGGAGCUAGCUGCUGGACGGGUCCGGCCACACAUCUGACUAGUGAUUCUGCAGUGUAUUUGCCCCCUGUUAAGUCGAGGUCGUGUAUUGAGACGUGAGGCUGGUUUCGACAUCCACAACUCAUAUGUCAUGGUGGGAAGUUUGUUUAUUUGGUGUGCAGGAUAAACAUUCCCCUUCUCAUCAAAAUUCACAGUUUAGGUUCCCAGUUCCCACUCUUCACAUAUUUAAAGCCUUGCACUCAUCAAAGGCAAAGUCUGUGUGUGUGUGUUUCCACAGUACUAGGGAAGAUCCGCAGUGCAAUAGGCAGCGCCCAGCUGCUUAUGUCUCAGAAGUUCCAGCAGUUUCGGGAGCUGUGUAAGGAGAAUCAGGUAUGUAAAACACACACAUUCACACACACACUGCAGUAUUAGUCUACUGUGUCAGCAGGCCCCUCAGAGCCAACUGUCACAUAAUGCGAUGAUCUAUACAAGCUUAGAAUUGACACUCAGUGUCAGACCAAACACCGCUAUGCAUGCAAAUUCUAGCUGAAUAGGAUUCUAGUCUAUCACCACUCACCACUCAAAGCAUAAUAACUUUGAAGUGUGGAGGGACAAGGUGAAAUAGUCCCAGACUAGUAUGGUGAUGACAUACUGAUAGGAUAAUGGGAAUGGUUCCAAGUCCAACACUGUCCUGUGCAAAGCCAUGUGUUUAGAGAGUUCAGACAAGUUUUAGAAUGGAUGCCAUGUCAGCGCCUUUGACCAUUCCAUUUAUUCAUUCAUAAGUAUUUGGAAAUCUUGUUUUUAUUCUAUACAAUCAGUUACAUCGCAUUGUUUAAAAAUCUGAAAAUUCUGUGAAGUGCUGUUGGUCAAUGGAUCGUUCUUGAAUUGCAAUGGCAUUUGGGCAUAGCAUUUUGGAAAUCAAUUCUUGAUAUGUAUUUAUUUAUAUGGAUUUGGGUGCAUCUUCCCAUUCUACAUCAACUAAUAUGGUAGCUUAAUGACUUUAAAUCAUUUGUAUCAUUAUGAUAACAUUGUGUCACAAGUAGGAAUAGUAACACCAAUGAUGGUUACACCAAUGAUACAUUGUAGGUAAAUGUAGAAAUUUUCUGAAAUGGAUGCCACAAAUGCUCAUAUCUAAGGUCAUCAAUCAUUUAAAGGUGCAGAGGUGUGUGGUAUGCCAGUGGUGUUCAGGUGUUUCGGCCGCGCCCACUAAUGGGCCACACCUUAUCUUAAUGAGUGCUUGUUUCCUUUGAAAUGGUGUCUGUUUGAAUAGACUAAAAUAAAUAUAUUUGCAUGUGUAAAAAAACAUGGAAUGCUAGCUCGAUUAAGGCAGCCCCCCGCACCUCUUUGAUUCAGAGGGGUUGGAUUAAAUGCGGAAGACACAUUUCAGUUGAAUGCAUUCAGUUGUACAACUGACUAGGUAUCCCCCUUUCCUUUCCCUUUCCCAUCCUGGUGGUGCAGUAGACUAAUACAAUGGAUAGAGAACCGAAGAUCAUAAGUUCAAAUCUCACUGAUGCCAUGUCACAAUAAAUAAAAUGCGUUCACAUGACUAAUUAACUAAGGAAAUGAAUUUCCAUGUGUUCUAACAGUGCUUGGAGUUCAAAAAAGUUAACCCAAAAUAAGCUAUCUGUGUUAUUAAAAGUCUUAUUGAAACAUUCAGUAAAGGUUUUAAGGAAGUUAUUCUAAAACCUCCAAAUAACCUAUCAUUUCAGUUCUAAGAGCGUUAAUUAAACCUCACAGGAAAACUUUCAAGGAAGCAGAGUUAAACGUUCUCAGAACCUCCCUGCAACCUAAAAAUAAACGUUCCCAGAACAGACAAAAUGUUUUAAAAAACAUUUUCAGUUUCACCAGUCAGGAAACUUACAGUAUGGCUUUUGUUCCCACAACCAAUGUCAAACCAAAAACUUCCAAGGAACCAAAUGUGCUAGCUGGGUAGCUGUUAUUGGCAGAGAGGUUUGGAACUCUCUUUUUUAUUGGUCUAUUUACCGCCUGGUGAUGUCACUAGGCAGGCCAAAACGCCAUCCCACCAAAACAGGCACUAAAAUGGCAAUAUCAUCAUUUUCACAAUUUCAUAGUAUUAUUCCAACCUCAUAGUGUGGAAAUAUAUAUGCAACAUGGGAAAAUCACAUUUGUGACUGCACUGGGCCUUUAAAAUAAUUUUCUAAAGUGAUUUGAUUAAUCAUUUUCCUCACAAUGUUAGUUCCCUACAUUUACAUUCUACAUCCCCAAAACAUGUCACUAUACUCUACACAUCACUACUGGGACAAGCCAAUUUGCUUACCCUAAGUACUUUAAACAAUGCAUAAACAAAAGUUUUGCAGUAUAAAUUACGUACUUGCAUUAUGUUUUGUCAUUGAUAAACAGUUCAAUAUAAACCAAAACAUGUUGUGUAACUGUAAUUAAUUUUAGUAUUUUUCAUAGUUACAAAGGCGAGGGACGCAAAUGCCCGCGCAAUUCAAUGACGACCCGAAUAUGAGGAGCCAACAUGGCUGCCAUAGAAUUAUGUAGUGCCAUGUAAAUGCAAGAACCUCAGUGUCCAAACUCUAAACUCUAUACUCAAACUCUGUGUGUGUACCAGAACCCCAAUGCCCACCCGAGGCCCAGUUCCCAGGACCUAGCAGGCUUCUGGGACAUGCUGCAGCUGUCCAUCGAGAACAUCAGCCUGAAGUUUGAUGAGCUGCACCAACUCAAAGCCAACAACUGGAGACCCCUGGACCCCCCAGAAAUAAAGGUACCACUCAAUGUAGUGGACCCUAUAGACCAGAUCCACCUUAAAGGGAUAGUUCACCCAAAUUACUAAAUGGCAUAUUGGUUAUACUGUAAGCAAUCUAUGAAUAACAUGCAACAGCAAUCCAUGCUUUGGUUUUGUUCAUCUGGCCACUGUCUCCAAAUGCUAACUUUUUAGCAUUUUUGUCCACCAAUACAGUGCAUUCGGAAAGUAUUCAGACCCCUUGACUUUUUCCACAUUUUGUUACGUUACAUCCUUAUUCUAAAAUUGAUUAAAUAGUUUUUUUUAUAAUACCCCAUAAUGACAAAGCAAACAUGUAUAAUAAAAACUAAAACUAAAAUAUGACAUUUACAUAAGUAUUCAGACCCUUUACUCAGUACGUUGUUGGGGAGUUUCUCCCAUUGCUCUCUGCAGAUCCUCUCAAGCUCUGUCAGGUUGGAUGGGGAGCGUCGCUGCACACCUAUUUUCAUGUCUCUCCAGAGAUGUUCGAUCGGGUUAAAGUCUGGGCUCUGGCUGUGGCACUCAAGGACAUUCAGAGACUUGUACCGAAGCCACUCCUGCGUUGUCUUGGCUGUGUGCUUAGGGUCGUUGUCCUGUUGGAAGGUGAACUUUCGUCCCAGUCUGAGGUCCUGAGCUCUCUGGAGCAGGUUUCAUCAAGGAUCUCUCUGUACUUUGCUCCGUUCAUCUUUCCCUCUAUCCUGACUAGUCUCCCAGUCCCUGCCGCUGAAGAACAUCCCCACAGCAUGAUGCCGCCACCACCAUGCUUCACCGUAGGGAUGGUGCCAGGUUUCCUCCAGAUGUGACGCUUGGCAUUCAGGCCAAAGAGUUCAAUCUUGGUCUCAUCAGACCAGAGAAUCUUGUUUCUCGUGGUCUGAGAGUCUUUUAGGUGCCUUUAGGCAAACUCCAAGUGGACUGUCAUGUGCCGUUUACUGAGGUGUGGCUUCCGUCUGGCCACUCUACCAUAAAGGCCUGAUUGGUGGACUGCUGCAAAGAUGGUUGUCCUUCUGGAAGGUUCUCCCAUCUCCACAGAGGAACUCUGUAGCUCUGUCAGAGUGACCAUCAGAUUCUUGGUCACCUCCCAGAUCAAAGCCCUUCUCCCUCGAUUGCUCAGUUUGGCCGGGCGGCCAGCUCUAGGAAGAAUCUUGGUGGUUCCAAACUUCUUCCAUUUAAGUAUGAUGGAGGCAGCUGUGUUCUUGGGGACCUUCAAUGCUGCAGACAUUUGUUGGUACCCUUCCCCAGAUCUGUGCCUCGACACAAACCUGUCUCGGAGCGCUACAGACAAUUCCUUCGACCACUCAAUGUAGUGGCUUGGUUUUUGCUCUGACAUGCACUGUCAGCUGUGGGACCUUAUAUAGACAGGUGUGUGCCUUUCCAAAUCAUGUCCAAUCAAUUUAAUUUACCACAGGUGGACUCCAAUCAAAUUGUAGAAACAUCUCAAGGAUGAUCAAUGGAAACAGGAUGCACCUGAGCUCAAUUUCGAGUCUCAUAGCAAAGGGUCUGAAUACUUAUGUAAAUAAGGUAUUUCUGUUUUUUAUUUGUAAUAAAUGUGCAAACAUUUCUAAAAACCUGUUGGUCCUCUGUAGCUCAAUUGGUAGAGCAUGGCGCUUGUAACGCCAAGGUAAUGGGUUCGAUCCCCGGGACCACCCAUACAUAAAAAUGUAUGCGCACAUGACUGUAAGUCACUUUGGAUAAAAGCGUCUGCUAAAUGGCAUAUCAUAUUAUAUUAUUAUUUUCGCUUUGUCAUUAUGGGGUAUUGUGUGUAGAUCGAUGAGGGAAAAAAAUAAUUUAAUCCAUUUUAGAAUAAGGCUGUAACAUAACAAAAUUUGGAAAAGGGGAAGGGGUCUGAAAAAUGUAUGCAUUCACUAAACUGUAAGUCGCUCUGGAUAAGAGCGUCUGCUAAAUGACUAAAAUGUAAAAUGUAAAAAAAAUAUCUGAAUACUUUCUGAAUGCACUGUAUGUCAUUUUGUAAAUUGGGUGAACUAUCCCUUUAAAGCGUGGAAGUAAUACAAUACAAUGAAAAUAAAAUAAAAUUGGUCCUGCAUGCUUCUACUUUCACUGUUGUUGAAAUACGUUUCAAGCUUUUAAUUGUCCACAGUUACUGUAGAUUUUGGUUCAAUGUAGCAUGAGGGUGUUGUAAUGCAUGUCAUUUUAUUGUUGUGAUGUUGUGCGAUAGCCUGCCUGACGUGACUGCCUAUCUGUUGUUUUUUGGUUUGUUUUGUCAUUGUUUUGUUGUUGACAGUGAGCUGGGUUUUGAGAAGUCACUCUACCUGCCAUGCACCUUGGGGCCUAGCUGACCUCGCAGGCUGCUCUUACCCCACGCACAUGGCCGCCAAACCUACAGCCGUGCACUCUCACAAAAUGGCCGGCACCACCACCAACCAUAACCUCACUCACGUGAACCCUGUUGCAUGCUCUCACACCAUGCGAACUCCAACAAACUGCUGAUGUCAUGUCAGUCAUGCACUCUCUAACCCCACACAAAAUGGCUGCCGUUGUGCCCCUACUGCCAGAGGCAGAGGAUGGCCUGUAACUGUAGUUGUUUGUCCUCCCCCAUCCAUCCAGGAGAGAAGGUUCGCCCCUCCAGUGCCAAAGAAGCCCCACAAGGGCCGCCCUCCCCUGGCCAGGGACCGUUCUCUGGAGAGCUCCGAGAGACAGCGGUUGGAGGCUCGCAAACGCCUGCUGGCCGCCAAGCGGGCCCUCUCGGUCCGACAGAGCUCGGUCACCGAGAGCGCAGCAGACAGUAUCGAGAUCUACAUCCCAGAGGCCCAGACCAGAUUAUGAGACACACACAGACAUAGACACACACACACACAGCCAGAGACACGCACACACACAUACACACACAAACACACACACCUACAAAGGCGCACACACAAACACACACACACACCGAGUGACACUGUCAAGACACUCAUCUGCAAUGAAUGGCGAGGGUAGGGUGCUUGUAAUAUAAUCACAUGUUUAUUGACUUCCACAAAAACGGUCACAGCAGCAGGUGGAGUGAGAAUACUGUAUAUUUAUUAA